AUUUUUCUCCCAUCCACCUUGGUUACACUGAUGAUGUUAUCAAAAUGCGAUAAUCGCAUGUGGUAGUGGAAAGCUCCACAUCUAAUGUUCCGAUUGUUACCGCGUUUUCGACAACUAUUAACAAUGACUGGAGGUUCCCCACCAAAGCGCUCUUCACUGUGGAUUGGCACCCACAACGGCACUUUCCAUUGCGAUGAAGUUGUUGCCUGCUUUAUGCUCAAGCAAUUGGAAGAGUUCAAGAACGCUGAGAUUUUUAGAAGCCGCGACGACAAAGCUUUGCGAGAAAAAUGCGACAUCAUAGUGGAUGUGGGUGGCGAGUAUGAUCAUGCCAAGAAAUGGUACGACCACCAUCAGCAAACCUUCAAGGAAACAUUCAAGUCCAUUCGCCCGGAAGUCAGCGAAGAUUUCAAUGUUAUCAGACUUAGCAGUGCCGGCUUGGUUUACUCCCACUAUGGCGAGCGGGUCAUCCAGAGCAUCUUGCAGCGUGAGAAGGGCAUUCAACUCUCGCCGGAGAACCUGCAACUGGCCUUCGUCCAGAUCUACAGGAAUUUCAUCAGCGAACUGGACGCCAUCGACAACGGAGUGCCCAUGUUCGAGGGCGGCGAGGCAUUAUACAAAAUCUCCAGCCAUCUAUCCGCCCGCAUUGGCAAGCUAAAUCCCUCCUGGCAGGAGGUGGGAGUGGAUAUCGAGGAGCGAUUCCGACAGGCAAUGGACACAGCUGGCCGGGAGUUUGUGGAAAACGUGGUGGAGGUGGCCUGCUCCUGGAUUGCGGCCAGGGACCAUGUACGAGCGGCUCUGGAACAGGCUAAGAGCGUCCAUCCAUCCGGCGAGAUUCUUGUGCUGAAGGUUUUCUGCCCGUGGAAGGCUCACCUCGCGGAUUUGGAGAAGGAGUACCAGGUGGAGGGUGUCCCCAAGCUAAUUGUCUUCAACGACGGCAGCAGUUGGCGCGUGGCCGGUGUCCCAGUGACCCCCAGCAGCUUUUUGGGACGCAAGUUCCUGCCCACACCCUGGCGAGGAUUGAGAGACGAUGAUUUGAGUGAGAAGGCGGGAAUCAAAGAUCUCAUAUUCGUGCACCACAGCGGGUUUAUUGGCGGAGCCAAAACUGAGGAGGCCGCGAUGUUAUUGGCCAAGAAGUCCAUUGAGUGGGCGGAUGAGUAAUAAAUUCAAAGAAUGUGUA